ACUAAAACAUAUGGUCAGCAUCCAAUGUCGAAAACUUACAGGGCUAUUUAUUUUGGGGAUUUAUUUGCCGCUACAAUCUGGUGUGGAUGCAUGAUCGAGCGCCUUCAGCUAAAUCUGGGAGUCACGACGUUUUGACUGAAUAACAAAAGGUUCGGUGUUCGUAAACAAGAUUAAUCCAAUCAGUUAUUGUAAAAAAACGGCCUCCAAGUUUCACUAUUUCCAUUUGAAUAGAACUCAUGUGGACUCCUCCAGUUAGUGAUAAUCCUACACCUUUCAACAUUGAGCGAGAGCUGCUUCCUACACACUUUGGACCAUGAUUCUUUAAAGGAGAACUGCCUACAAUAUACUCCACAAAACGUCAGAUACCAGCACUACCCAGUUCCGAAGGUUAGAUGCUUAUCGUUCCCAUACCAAACACUUCCCUCCUGUGGGUCGACAGUGUAUUUGUAUACUUGGUCUCUCCCAAGGAAUGACAUAAUAACUCAGCUAUGUUCACUUGCCACAACAUGUUUUCGAGACACAAACACAACUAUCGGACUUUUGUUUUCCAAACAAAUAUCCAAAAAAGACUACGUUUGUCGAAUUCCUAUCUACCUAACUCGCGGUAUGGCUCGUUCACGUGUUCGAUUAACAGGGAAACUUACACUAAAUAAGAAAGAAUUAGAGUGUGUCGAAUCAGCUCAUCAUGUUAUAGCCGAAUUAAUUACAAAUAUUGCUCAUAUGUCUCAUGUUGGUUAUAAACCAUCAGAUCCUCUUCUCCGUGCUCAUUUCGAUAAACAAAACUCUUCAACGAAUAUCCCCGAAUCUCUCCGCGUCGUACUUUUUGAUCGAUUUGGUGACUUAUCAUUCAAUCCCGAGAAAGCAAAUAUCCUGUCAUUGGUGACGCUGAUUAGACUACCAGGUAAACCGUACAAUCUGUUUAGUUAUAUGAUACUUUUUAGAACUUCCGUGUCAGUGUUAGUUAGUACUAAAAUGAAUGUUGUUUAGGGUUUAUAGAAAUGCAAUAAAUAUUAUAAUAAGUGGCGUGUUUGGAUCAAUAAUUGUUUUAGCUAUAUACAAUAUAAAAAGGCUUCUAAAAUGUAGUGGUGAAAAAUCGUAGGCGCUCACGUGCCGAAAUAACUGGGCACAGGUGAGUGAUAAUAAGUAAUGAGUUAAAAUAAGUCAGUUUUUGGAAUGAAAUUGCAAAUUGGAAAAUGGUCGAAAAAUAUUGCGGUGAAGAAAUGAAAAGGAGUCUAAUGUUAUAAAAAUAAGCUACGAACACAAACCAGGUUUCAUGGGUUCAAUACCUGUAGCUUUAAUGUUUCAACACAUUGUUUCUUAUUGUGAUUUGAUUUGCCGUAUGAUAACUUACCUUAACUUUUACGGAUAAGCCAGACAGUCAUGAGAUUUAUUUGCAUAUUUGCUCCUGUGUGUUCUAAUUGUGAAGAGAUCUAGUCCUAGUUGUUAUUUUUCCCAAACUUCUACUGUUUAUUAAACUUUGUUGGUUCAUGCGAUUUGUUUUGAUUUCAUUAUGUUCCGUGAAUCCCCUGAUUGGGAGCGUCAUAAUUGAAGGUUGUUGAUUUAUUAUUCUAAUAGUAUCUGUAUUUACCGAUCUUCAUUGUAGCCUUUGGAAUGUUCCGGUUUUCUCUUGAAUAUAUCGAAUAUAUCUAGUGUAUUUAAAUCUCGAAACUUCUAUGUUCCGCUUCUAAGCAAACAUCUUUAACAUUGCCUUUCCUAUUCUUAUCGAUAACAUCGUGAAAUUCGACUAAACGACCUUACUAAUUUGCAAAUUUCUACUGCUAAACUAAAAUAUGAUUAUAAACUAACUACUCUUUAGAGUUUUGUUGGCUGGAAGCACCACUUUCAGGCACCAUGUACGGCAUUUUGCGUCCUUGGUAUUACAUUUAAUGCCACCUUCUUGUGUACAUGUUACCAAUAAUUAGUUAAUCAGUCAUACACAACAUAGGACCUAGCGCGUAUGUGCAUUAGUCCGAGUUGGUACAUCACACUAAGAUGACGGUAUGAAAAUAUCAGGACAUCCCCGAUAAGGGAAAUAGUCAUAGUAUUAGUAGUAGAAACGACGAGAGGAGGCACGGGAAGGUUUUGAGGCUAAGGAUGUAAAGGGUGACGAAAAGUAAAUGCAUUUGCGUGUCGCAGUCGAUCCUGGGCAGUUUUAUCCAUCGUUUUCCACUAGUGGUUAUGCUAAAUUUGUAAACCCCAACCAGGUAGUCUACACCUAUCUACAUGAGUUGGUUCAAUUAUCAGUGACGUCAUGGGCUGAUGCCAAGUUUUAGUUUGGCCGCCUCUGUCUUUCAUCUAACCUACUUCUGGACCAAUGUUGCCCAUCGAGGUAGGAGGCGGUUGGGCACACGUGACACAUGUCCUAACCAUCUCAAUUGAUGAAGACACACCACUCCAUUGACCAACUUACCAUCUUCGUUUGCAACCUUAACUCUAACCUCAAUAUAUUGUGUUUUCAACAAUUACGCGCAGUGUUUCAAAGAUACCUACGUAAGUCCUUCGUUGUUGGUGACGUUUCAUAUCUAUAAGCUAGAAUAGAUCGAAUCGCCACACAGUAUGCUGGUCCUUUAGUUGUGACAUCGACUUCUGCUCAAUGAGAUAAUUAUUUAUUAAUUUAUUCAUGUAUUUCGACUAGUUUCUGCCUCUGUGUAAUUAAAUUAAUCUAUCAUACCUACCCAUUUUCGUUACACCAACUUAUUUUUAUUUAUUUAUUUUUUGAAUGGGGAUUUGUGGAGAUGGUAGUAAUUUUGACAGUUAAAUUCAUGAGUCGAUCUAAGCUAGAUCACCAUUGAAAGCCUGGAAGCACCGGAUGGCUGUUUCGUCCUGGUCAGGGACUCCUCAGCAGCUUAGGUCGACUCACUAAUUUAACUGUUAACAUCACUACAAUCUCCACGAAUCCCUAUUUAGAUAACAAUCAUGUGCUCAUUAGUAACUAUCUUCAAGAUGAAUUUCCUGAAAUUCUAAUGAGAAGCCGUGACCAGUUGUGUCCAAUCUGUGUCGGGUGUAAAACAGUUGUCCAUCAGUAGAUGUAGGGUUGCACAAGAUCAUGGGUUGGUUGAAGUUCAUGCGCAAGACCGAAGGUUCCGGGCUCGAGUCCCCCUUGCGGAAUCGUGGAUGCGCACUUCUGAGGGGUCCCAUACCAGGACGAAACGACCGUCUGAUGCUUCCAGGUUUUCACUGGUGAUCUAGUUUAGAUGGACUCACGAAUUCAGCUGCUCAAAUUCAUUUAUUUGUUAAGGUCUUAUCAAUGAAUGCGAGUAUCUCAGUGUUAUGGUUGUUAGGUAAUGUUUUCUUAGGGGGAAUAAUGUUACGUGGUUCUGAUCUGUAGUAGAUUCCGAUAGUGCUAAAGUCUUUAUCGUGUAUGGUUAACAUUUUAUUGUGGUAGAGCGUUAAGGUAGUGGUAUGGUUUUUUAAAGUGCGUAAGAAGAUUAGAUUGGGAAAGACGUGUACAAUUAAUCUAAUGUUUCUUGUCAACCACGGCUGAUCGAUCACAAAUCAGAAAUGAUAUUCCGCUUUUUGAACACAAACCUGACGAUCAGCGUUUUAAUUAUGUUUCAUCGAAAUCAUAAAACGACCAAUGUUAGACCAUCAUUGAAGGCUUGGAAGGGCUGGGCCAUCGUUUCUUCCUAGUACGGCACCCCUCAGCAGUAAGCAUCCACGAUCGUGCACGCGAACGCUUGACCUCUAAACCACUGAGCCAGCGUCCUACAGUGUUAAUGUUUAACUUCAAUCAAUCCACGAUUUCAAUUAUGCUCCAAUCAGGUGAAUAAGACCCUACCUUUCACUGUGUAAGUGGCUAAGAAUCUCUGUUAGUCGAUCAACUUUCAGGGACACAGAAAUCUCGUAUGUUCAUGAACUCUAUUCGUGCUCUUCCAUUUUUCUACCUUUACCAACUAAUUUUUACUUAUUGUACACAUUUCCAGUCACUGCUGUGUAGACGUUUACUUUCAUCUUAAAAUUACUAAUCAACAGCAUGUAGGUAUCUGUUUUUCGUAGUUUAACCAAGAAGUGUCUCGUUCCUCUGGUCGUAAGUUAAUGGUACGAAAAUUCAUAGGUCACAUUUUAACAUAUUAUGGUCAGAUCUGGUUUCACUGCGACUUGAGACUGAUUUAUUUAGUUAUCUCUUUUUUGAAAACCUGAGUAGGAUGUUUCGUUUAUUUAUUUAUUUAUUUGAACGCAUAAAUGUUGGUACAAAGGGGCACCGAAUACAUAUGCGCCACACAAGUCACUUGAUUUGUACGUGGGCUGUGAUAUUACCCGGGUGCCCAGACCGAAGCAGGUGGCUUUCUUAGGGGACCACACCUGGAGCUUUCGACCCAAAGAUCUGAUCCCCAAGGCAGUGGAACAACGUAAGGAUAUGCAGUCCCAUGGUAGCCGGCUACCAGUAAUUGGUUCACACACCAUCUGUUCCUUCAGGAUCCUGGAGCCCAUGUGCGCCAUUUGUUUGGAAUCAGGGUUUCCCAACUCCUCUAGGUGAAUCCCCCGUGUCCACCAACCCGGCCAAAGCGCCGAACAUUCAAUUUUCGUCCUCUCAACUUCGUAAACAACACCCCUGCCGCGAGAAGGCAGUGAGUAGGACUUCCCUGGCAGAGGCCGUAUACGCGUCGCCAUGUGAGAGCAUUUUGAGAAGAGCUGACUCUCCUCACCCUCAGCCGUACCAAGAAAUUUAGGGGCAGGAUGUUUUUUACAAUCUAACUGGCAGACUUAUAGUUUUGUCGUUAGAUGCAACCGAACCCAUCUACGUCAAUGCGAUGUUAACCUAUGUAAAAAUAGGUUGGAAGAAGGCUAGUAGCGGUCAGACCAAAAUGUGGCAUCAGUCUAUGAAGUCACUGACAAUUGAACUGAGCCAUGUAGGUAGGUAUAGAAUACAUGGUCGUGACAGCGUGAUUAUCGUAACUAGUAGUUAGAGACUUUGAAUGUCGUUGGCAAAAUCGUUUGCAAGGGCACAUAUGGAUUUACUCUUUGUCUUCCCCUGAGUUUCAGGUUUCUAAAUUCCUCAUAAUCUUUUUAUUUCACUAACUUACAUUUUCUUCGUCUUUUUGUAGAGUCCAUGUUUCCAAAUUCCUCAACCAUUUUCUCACUAUUUGUGUUGUGUUUUCUUGAAUCGUAUCCUCGAUGCCCAAUUUUUUCCGUUACCACUGAUACUAUCUCAACUACCCUGGACUUUGUCCUUAAAAUUUCAUUUUGUUGCGUCACUGCGGUUCGGCGAAUCGAACCAAUGUACAUAAUUACCGAGUUCUACGUUUCGUUCGAUUGACUAUUUGAAAUUAGAAUUCAUACUAAUAAGCUCUUGGUUUUAAAUCUCAAAAGGUGUUUUUUUUCACUUAGGAUUAAGAAGCAGCUUUUUCUGCGUUGUGUAAUUUUAGCGGAAUAUGGAUUGUGUUGGAGCACAUUGAUCGACCAUUUCUUAGCUAAUUAGCGCCAGCAGAUACUUGGAGAAAGCUUCUUGUUUAAAAUUCCAAAUAUGCUAACGUAUUUCUUUUUAUAUUUCUUACUCCCAUUCUAUCUUGUUUGUGUGAAAUAUAAUUGCGUUCCUGUUCAACCGUGUUCUGGUUUGAGGACUUAUCGAGUGAAGUAAAGUGUUCUAAUAACACUUAGCAAUUAGAACAGCUGGGUCAUAAUUAAAGAGAUCAUAACGUGUAUAAUCAAAGAUAAUCUAAUAUACGUUUACCGGUUAUUGAAUAUAUGUUGUCAUUAGUACGUUCUCACUACACGUAUUGCAUUUUAUUCGUUUUAUGUCCUUAUCAGUUAUAACCAUAUAAGAUGCUCAUUUUUGUCUGUGAAAAUAGUCUCAUUUGGUGGCCGUUUUAUAUUGUAUUGAUGGAUAGUUAAUUUUGGGUUAGACAAAAUAAAGACAAUGCACGGGAAACCGUUUUGUUUUCUACGAAAUUGUUUAAUAUAGCUUCGUAUUCGUAGUUGCUUUACAUGUAGUUGCCUACGAUAAAAGCAUCAGUUUACCUUUGAUAUAUCCGUUCAUCAGAUGUCUGUUGAAGAAUAUAGUUUAUUGUUCAUUUGAAGUCAAUAUUUUCCUCAGUUCCGAUAAUCGAGCUUUCCAGAUUGUUUUGCACCUCAGCGUGUAUUCACCAGUUUACUUGUCCUUAUGGAGCAUGCUGUAGCGGGUCCACAAACUGUGCCCCUUCCAAGCGCUUAUCCCGAAACUACCUAGCAUAGCUAUCCACAGGUAAUUGCAAAUCGGCUAUUAUUUCCAAAAACUGGGGUUAAUUCUGAUUUGGUUAUUUAUUCUCUGAUGAAGUAGCUUACACUAAGUCAUGAAAUGUCAGGAAACCUAAUUUUUCUACUCACUGGGAUAUUACAAGUAUAUCAUUUAUUUAUUAUUUCCAUUGUUGAAGAUAUGGUCAUAUACGUCCACCGGAAUGUUCAUAUGCAAUUAUUCACUAAGUUUGAAUAAUUUGUUCUAAAGAAAGCUGGAUGAAAAAUCUAUGCACAAUAGAGGCUUUGGCAAUUAAUUAAUCAAAUCCUGGUCUUUGUGCUCAGAAGCGGUGUCCAAUCUCCCAUUUUACUGUAGUCCUAACACCUCUUAUUUUAUAAGUUGUUAUUGAUACAUCUUUUUCUCUCUUUAUUUGUUAAGUGGACAAUCUCUCACAUCUCCCUCUUAAAUAUUUCUAUUCUUAUUACACCGACUAUUACGCAACUUUAUCAGACACUUGGAAUUUUUGGCUAACUUUUGACACUUCAAUCAAUCACUUUAUACCUUUCUGUUUUAUUAUAGACUGUUUUGCAUAAAAUAACCAGGAAUACGGUUGUACAACUUUUGUAAUCGAUAUCGUCGGAAAGCAGAUUUUCUCCGAACUGUCUUUAUUUUGUACUAAUAUUGUCAAGAUUAGAACGAAUAGUUUGACAGAAAUUGGGCGCCGAGUAUAGAGAAGUCAUUAUAUGUGAGAAUUAUAUUUGAAAUAAUCUCAGCUAUUAUUACCCUGAAGAAGUCCAGACAAGUUAACUGGACGAAACGUUGGAAUUAUUUAAAUUUCAAUCACUGAGAUUAUUUGAAAUAUAAUUUUCACAUAUAAUGUCUUUAUUUUGCUUAAUUUCGGGCUCAAGAUAGAUGCUUAUGAAUUAGAAUAAUAAUUCCGAUAGAACAAGUUGCCGUUAAAUCUACACGUAAUCCUUGUUUCUGACAUAACUACUAGAGAUCAUGACAUUCAGUUUGUUCUCAACCUUAAAUUGCAAAUUACAUGGUAUAUCUUAUGAUUGUGCAAGAUACUUUUAAAUGUUAAUGCUGGAUAUAUUUUAUGUACCUUAUCAUUUUAGAUUAUACUAUCGAUUAUGAAGCACUCAACGCACUUCUAGAGUGGUCUGUUUGCCGAGAUACUGGAAUUUCAACAGCUGAUGAUAAUUUGUCCACGCAUGUUAAACCUGUACAUGGUAUUGUGCCUAAAUGGCGAAUUCGAUUGAGUCAAAUACCUGAAGACAAUUGGGUUGGUUUGGUCGUCAAACCUAAUCACUUACCGGAUAGUGAUCCUGGUAUGUUUUCUAUCUCAAAGGUUAGUUCGGAAACUGCUUCAAGUCCUCUUCCGGAAACCCUUGCUUCCAAACUUGGUGAUGUUCAAAAUGUCAAAGGCGCUUCUUCUCUAACUUAUUCUGACUACUAUAGAAUUAAAUAUCAACAGAUGAGAAACAUAUCUUUCACAAUAAAUCCAUCACUACCAUUGUUUGAAUGUCUGAGAAUAACACGUCAUCAAAAUUCGACUCAAGUUAGUGCGGGUCUAAGGAAAAAUAAAGCAUCUAUCAAACCAUCAGUGUUCCUAUCUGAUGCUUGUUUAGUGCAUCCAUUGUCAUCAUGGAUUUGGUUCCAAGUUUCCUUGAUACCAACAAUUCUCUACCAAAUGUCACGAGCGUUACUAGCCUCACAACUGUUCACAGAGUUGAAUUAUGAACUGAAAAGUCCUCAACCAUUCUCUCAAAUUAGAAUAAAUUCAUUAACUCUAAGCAAUGAUUCACUUUCUCAUACAACCAUACUUGUCCCUGAUCGUUUAAGUGUUCCUGUUUUUUUGAAUGGUGAACCAAUGGAAAAAAAUAUCUUUGAUUUUGAAGUGGAUGAAACAACUUCAGAAAUAGAUAAACAAUUGGAUAAUAAAGCCUAUAGUGAAAGUUUAGGGAAAUCUACAAUUUGCCCUCACCCUAAUAAUCUAAUUGAACCAACUACAUUACUCGGAGCUCGAGAUGCAGUAGAUCUUGAACGUUUAGAAUUUUAUGGCGAUUCAUUCCUGCAUUUUAUAUCUACAUUAUGUGUUUAUGGCACCAAUCCACAAGAUGCUGACGAAGGGUGUUUAAGUUCCAAAAGAGGUUCACUUGUAUCGAAUGCUCAUCUCUGCGAUAUUGCUUGCGACUUGAAAUGGUAUGAAUAUUGUACCGGUCAAACAUUUUCGCCACCAGAACACUUUUUACCCCCAUGCUACUCUGUUGCGUCCGAGGUUAGUGACAAAUUAAGGUUUUUUCAGUGUUUCUUUACUUACGUCCCAAAAAUUUCACUUAUUUGUUCUUAAUUUGCUUUAUUGAAUAUAUUUAUAUUCAAUAAAGAAAAUUUUUUGCAGUUCUUUACUUCACCAUAUUAUAUAGCUUCCAUUUUCUUAUUUUCAAGUAUUUUCAUAUAUUAUUUCCCGAUUGGUACAUAAUGAAGUCUGUUAUUUAGCCACGUAUUCUUUUUUUGUGUACUCUUACGUGUAUCCCUUUAAACACACUCAUGGAUUUUUUUAAAUAUAAAUUUUAUGUUAGGUGAAUUGGGAAGUCGCAUUCCAUCACAUUGAGCGUAGGCCCAGUUAUAUUUACAUUUUAACAAACAGGACAACUGAAACCUUUGACAGUGAGGAAAUAGAACUCAACCUUUAAUUAGUUAUCUUCUUAAUUUCCUUAGUCUCAUCUAUCAACUUCACUUGAUUGCCCUCUGUAGUUGAAUUUCUAUCAAAAAUAAUACUCGAAAUAAUUUUAUUUGGUACGGGUAAAGUUCCUUCUCAUUUGUUCAGGAAGUUUUAGGAUCUUCAUAAAACAGACUUUGAAGUGUAUCAACUGUUAGUCAGACCAGGUUAUAGUCCGGUUUGAAUAAAUCAGCGAAUAAUAAUAGUUACGCCUAUUCACUGAUGCAACUAUUUGUGACUGGGAAUCGUUCAUAGUGCAGUUAAAAAACAUAAACCAUGUUUCAGUUAUGACUGUGAACACUACUUUCUUUUCGGUACUUUUCAUAUUUUACUCUCAGUAAAACUCUCCUGUUGUUACGUUAAACUUUUUGAGUACAAGUCAUCCAAGAAUAAGUUUGUAUGCAUUCGAAUCUGUGUUUUAUGUGUAUUCGACAAUAACUACCACCGUUGAUUUGCCCUUCAGCAAUUAUGGUAGGUCUUACCAUAUGUGUAUGCUUCUUGGGACCGGUUUCGGUUCACAAGACGUUCCUUUAAAAUGUAUAUGCCUAGAUAAAAUUGGCACGAUAUGUAUUAGAAAUAAAUCUGUGGGUCUAAAAUUUAGUAAAAAGCACUUCAAACUUCAUUUAUUUAUUUGAUGUUAAAAAAUUGAUGGAUAGAUUAUUGGACCUCAUUACUAGAGUAAAUCAUAAUUCAGCAACUUUUUUAGGUAGCUGACCAUAUUGUCUCUCGUUCAGAUAGCUGAUCAUCAACAUGCUUAUUUGAUCAAGAUACUUUCUUUUAUUUCCGUGUUUGUAUUAACAUAAACGUAGAUCAGUCAUAUUCACGUAGUGUUAAUUUCAUCUGAUUUCUCUAAUCCGUCAGCACCGAGUUUGACUAUUCAUUAGAUAAAUGCUCAGUAAUUUAACAUGGAAAUAAUAUUUUCUUUUUCAUGCGAACAUUCUCAGAAACAUUCAUUGUUAACAUUGUUCCAGUUUAUAUAAGUUGAUUUAAGUCUAGAAUAAGGACAAUGGGGAGAUGCUUUUAAUAUGAAGUGGAUGUAAAACGGUUGUAUGGAUCAACGAUGAAUGCACAACAGCACUUCGACGAUGAUAAUUACAUGAGGCUGAGAAUUGAGAAAGCAAAAUUCUUUAAAACUUUAAGGCAGUUAUGCAAGUAAACAUCACAGUGUGUUGUAUAUUAUUGUAAAAGUAUCCAAUUAGAAUAAGUGUGGAUUACGUGGUAUUGCUGCAUUACAAAGGUUAAAGUAAUAUUAAGUGUGAAAAGAAGAAACUAAUAUUUGUUGUGGCUAUACCACAAUGCCACAACAAUUAUGAUAUGGUUCACUUGGUAUUAUUUUACUUGAAUCUUCCCAUUGAUGUUUUAGGACUGAAAUUGAUCAGUCUCUUAUUGGCAUAUGUUCAUACUGUGCGUAUGUCUCGAUAUUGCCUUAAUUUACAAGCAUUAUAAGCAAAGAUGGAUAGUGGCUAGCAGUGGAAUCCAGGACGCGCGUUUCGUCCUGUUUGGGACUCGUCAGCUUGUAAAUUAAGGCAAUAUCGAGGCAUUCGCACAGUAUGCACAUAUGCCAAUAAGAGACUGAUCAAUUUCAGUCCUAAAACAUCAAUGAGAAGAUUCAAGUAAAACAAUAGCGAGUGAAUUAAACUUCACCCCCAUUGCACAAGCAAGUGGCUAUCAGGACUCAGUAACUAAGUGGAUAACGCGAUGGCGUUUAAAGCGAACGGUACUGAGUUCGAGUCCCAGAGUGAACAUCAACUCUGAGAUGCAGGUAGAUCCAGCUGACGAGUCCCAAACAGGAUGAAACGCGCGGCCUGGAUUCCACUGCUAGCCACUAUCCAUCUUUGCUUAAUUAUGAUAUGAGUUGACCAUGACAGACUGUGUAAAUGUACCUCCGUUACCAUGCAAAGAUGAUUUGUAUGAAUGACUAGAAGUCAUACCUUUUCUUUGAAUAAUGGUGGAACUACCUAGCUGGUUGAUUUAAAAAUAAAAGAGGUGUGGUUCAAACCCUCAAACAAACAGUUGAAGCUCAUGUAUGUUAACUAAUAGAUCAUCACUGUAAACAAAGAUAUCAACUUGACCAAUGUGUUUUGCCGUUCGAUUCAUAAGGCAUACUCAACCUACUAUGAAAAAGAGUAGACUAAACUUUGUAAGGAAGUUCCCGAACCGAAUAACAAUGCACAUAAUUCAUGAGUGUAUUUUCGAUUAUCCUUCUAACUUUGAAUACAUGGAUACAUGGACUGAGACUUUGAAUAUGGACAUAAACGAUUUCCUACAACACCGUGUUUUAGAAUUUCUUAUCUACCAUUGAACUCCAAAAUGGCAUGUGAAAAAAGGCGCGUGAUAUACCUAGACUCACCCAGCCUAUCGUUUGAUAGAUAUAGUCAAUCGACAAUACACUUUUCACCUUCAAUGUGACAACGACGCUGGUUACUCAGAGCACAUUUGACCAGUUAAUAUUGAUUAAUUUCCUACCAUUUAAUUAUUUUGUGUAUUUUUCCUUUAUAGGCUAGUAAAUAUGAUCCACGUCUGUAUACUCGUUUAACAGAUAAAUCUUUGGCAGAUAUGAUUGAAGCACUUAUAGGAUGUUUCUUACUACGUUCAGGACUAUAUGCUGCAUUUAAUUUACUUCAUUAUUUUCAAAUAUGUCCUGUGAGUUGGAGCACCCUAAAAAGUGAUAAGCAUUACAAAGUUGAAGCUCCAUGGCACUUUUUUUUACAACCAAAAUUAUAUUCAGAACUAAACUAUGGGAAUGCUUUCAAUCCUUCAUCUAGAUCCUUACAUAUUUCGAAGGAAAUUAUACUGGAAUUAAAUCAGAGGUUUUUUCAGUUACAAGAAAAACUAGGUUAUGGUUUUAAAAAAAUUGAAUUGCUUGCGGAAGCUGUGACUCAUCAGUCAUCAUCUAAUAGACAAUAUUGGGGGAAUUAUCAAAGGUUAGAAUUUCUUGGCGAUUCCAUUUUGGGCCAUAUUAUAAGCAACUAUCUGUUUCAAAAAUGUCCUCACUCAUCCCCAGGUGCAUUGACCACCGCACGAUCUACUGUUGUCAGUAAUAUUAAUUUAGCUAAUGUUGUUGUUGAGCAUGAAAUCCACCCGUUCAUCGAUUUUGGGAAUUGCAGUCAGAAAGCAUGCAUUGAUGAUAUAAAAAGUAUUCAUCGUCAAACCGAUUCACAUUUUGAACGUAUUGAGUUAAUUACAAAGAAGGUUUCUUCGGGGCUCAAUAUCAAGGUAUUGGCUGAUGUGUUUGAAUCGAUUCUCGGUGCAAUUUUUGUAGACAGUGAUGGUAAUCAUCAAGUCGUUUCUUCUAUUAUUCAUCGAUUCUUGGGUAAAACGAUGAAUUCUCUCAUUACUAAUUUACCUGUUCAAACAGUUCAACAAGUGGAUUUACCAUAUCCUGAAAUACGAUAUAAGUAGGUCAAAGAUGUGUUUUUUCCUCCAAUGCCGCUAAAAGACUGGUUGUAACUCGGUUACUUAGUCCUGUUCGGAAUUCAUGUGCACGUUAUCUGGUGACUUAGUGGUAAAAUCUCUUUUCCCCUUACAAAUUUGUGGCACCACUGCUUCUGCCUAUAUGGUCUGCAUUUCGUUCUAGUGGUGCAUUAAGUGAUAUUAAGUACUAUGCAUGCAGACACUUAACGAGCAUCAUCCACAACCAAUCGCUUAUCUUCAAAUGACUUCAAGUUAAUCAUUUAUUCGUUUCUAUUCAUUAUCUUUUAAAAUAUUCGCCCAACAGUUAUAAUAUCCAUAGUUCUUUAAAAUAUUUGGAAGAAAUUUUUGCAUGUUUACUUACAUCUGUUACCCGUCGUGGAGCAUUGACCGUCGACAAUGGCUCCAAAUAAAUCUCUCCUGGGCUCUCGAUUCGCGGUUAGUGUUUUCCUUUUAAUACCUGCCUCCGAUUCCCGGAGCAAGGUGUUCUUUGGUCUGCCCCUUGUCGUUUUACCUUGAGGAAUUAAAGUUGGGACUUUCUCCGUGGUACCGUCUGAUGAUUUCUGUAGCAUGUGUCCUAUCCAACUACAGCGUCUUUUCUUGAUUUCAAUUGCAGCUGGAAACUGAUUUGUACCCCACAACAUUCGGUUGUUGCCGAUGUUAUCCAGCCAACGAAUUUGAAUUAUCUUGUGUAAACAGCUGUCCAUUAAUAUCUGCAUUUUCAUGCUGGUGGUUGUGGUAAUUCUUCAAUUUCCUGGUCCAUGCAAUGAAAUGUUUUUUAAGUUGGUGUUGGGAAUUCAAACUUUGAUGUUGUCAGACAGUUGUUUCGAGUUCCGUAUAUUGUUUGAUCUUAGGAAUGCUGCCCUUGCUUUGCCAAUCCGUGCCUUCACAUCUCUAUCACAUACCUCUUGUUUAUCAAUGAUGUCCAGAUGCAUGAAAGUCCUCCACCUCUCCCAAAGCUUUUUCCUUUGUGAAUGUUAGACCUACUGCUGAUACACUGAGUACCUUCACCGGCAUCUGUUGUCGUAUAAGGAAUAGGAGAGCUAGGUCAUCUGUGAAAUCCAAAUCACCUAGCUGUAUUCUAUCUAUUCAUUGUAUUCCAUGCUGCCCCUAAAAUGCAGAGGUUUUCAUAUUCGAGUCAGCCACCAGAAGAAAGAGAAAGGGCGAGGGUAUGUAGCCUUGUCUGACAUCGGUCUUCACUUGGAAUGUAUCUGUCAGCUGCACUCCAUGCACGACUAUGCAAUGUCCAUCGUAUGAAUUUCGUGUGGUGUUGACUAUCUUCUAAGGUGUUUAACGAGGCUACAAGGUCCCUUCGAUCCUUGCUUUAAAAUGCUUUCUCUUCGUCAUAGAAGUUGACGUAUCAUAACGGGUUCCAUUCCAUUGCAUAACCUUGUAUCAUUGUUUGGAUCUCAUUAGCAUUCAGAACUGCAGUCGAUAAGUCUCCUACUGGCAUAUCCUCGUCCUGUACGAAUUUCCUCGAUAUUGCCUUAAAAUGGGAGGAUUAUUAGCAGAGACGAAUGAUUGCUAGCAGUAGAAUUCAGAGCGUGCGUUUCGUCCUCUCUGGGACUCGUCAAAUGAAUGUACCUGAAUCACAUAGUUGGUGUUCACUCCGCGACUCAUACCUAGUACUUUGCGUAUCGGACCCCAUUUUCCUUAUCCACUUAGCUACUAAGUCCAGAUGGCUUCUGGAAUAGGAUGAAGUUUAAUUCGUCUUGUAUUGGCUAUUUAAAUAUCCUCAAAUAGGACGAAACGCGCGUCCUGUAAUACACUGCUAACCACCAUUCGCCUCUGCUUAUAGUUCUCACACUUGCCCAGAUCUACUUUUUCUGGUAUCUCGAAGAGGUGUCCUUCUUUCAGUCUAUCAGCACUUGUUCCCAAAUCUUUCUGAAUGGGAUGUGGAGCAUCUUCGUAGUCACCUCUAUGUCUGACUUCAGUGCUUCAUCUUGUACGUUGUCCGGGUUUACUGAUCUCCCACCCUUGAUUUCUUUGAUUUGAGUGACAAGUAUAAGGUGGUCUAUGUGUGCUGUUUCGAUGUCUGAUGGGUUCAGUAGGGUUGGUCUAUUUUGGAGCUCAUCAAAAUCCUAUAUCCUCUUGUUCCUCUGUUCUUGAAUCUCAGUGAUUGGCUUUCCUGUUUUCUUGACUGUUUUUUCUUGGCUUAAUUUAUUUCCCUGCUGGUUUCUUCGUUCGGUCAUACAGUUCUUGCCCACUUUUUUUGCAGCUCGUUCUACUGUAGUUACCAGUUCAUAUACCCAUUUCCACUUGUCAACUCGCAUGCUCUUUCCCUAUUAUUCGUUUGCUUCUGUAUGGUCAGCCUGUGUCUUGACCUUUUCUACUCUUGUUUUGCUGUUGUUGAUUGCCGUUUUGUUCUUCCUUUCUUGAAUCCUCCUUAGGGUUCCAAUAAAGAUCCAUUCUUUAUGCUGGUGUUUCUUACGGCUAAGCACGUCCUGUAUUUUUGAAGUUGUUGCUUUUUCUCCCCUUUCAGAUAUUUUCCAUAGUGGUUUCCUUUUCUGUGAAUAGAUCUUGUUAAAUUUGGAACAUGUUUCUGGGAGCUAUAUUGAAUUUGUCGAGUUUGUCAGUAUCUCGAAGAAAGGACGUAUUAGACCUAUCUAGUGAUGAUCCUUCAAUCAUUCAAUUCGUUAGCUUUAGUUUCAUUUUGGCCACCACCAGGUGAUGAUUUGAAGCUAUAUCUUCUCUUGUCGUUCUCACAUCCUCUAUGGUGUAAAUGUAAUCGAUCUGGUUUUCAGUGUGAUCCAAUGAAACACAUGUAGCUUUGUGUAUUCACAUAAAUUUCAGACCUCUCAUCAUUCUCGUUCCUUUCCCCCAGUCUAUGUCGUCUCAUGAUAGCUUCAUACUUGAUGUUUUUCAUUACAACUUAAACGUUCAGGUCUCCCACCAACAUGGUCAUGUCCUUUCCUGAACACUUCUCUAUGAUUGACUGCAGCCGUUCGUAAAGUUGACCAUUUUCGUCUUCAUUGCUGUCAUCGAUAGGGGAUAGUACUAGAUAAUAUUUUUUGUAAUCUUCCCAGUUUUUUUUUAAGGCCGUUCUGAUGAUUGCUGGAUUCAUGAGAUUCCCAUCCUAUAAGUGUUUAUCAUGCUUCUUUGGACAGCAUCAAUUCAACUCCCUGAGUGUGCGAAGCAUUUUGUUCUUCACGACUGGAGUACAACAGCAUCUCUCGAAUCCUAUUUUUUCUAUUCAGCCUGCGUUCAAUGGGUUUGACCUAUUCCGAGCACCUCCAGGUUGUAUCUCUUCACUUCCACAGCUAUUUGACUGACGCUUCCGGUCUCCUGUAUUGUGCGAACAUUCCAUGUGUUGAUUAGUAGUUGUUGUUAGAAGGGACACCGGCCUUGUGACGUUUAAGGAGUCUCGGCUUACACAAGGACGUCAUAGCUCCUGUUCUGGUGAUGUUUUGUCGCUAGCUUUCUCAACAAAGUUGUUUUCUAUGGGAUGAUUUUACUAACCAUGUGCUCAAUCCUCCUCUUAGAGAGAAAGAACAAAUAUUGGUGCUCCCUUUAAGAUAAUAAAGGGAACUAUGUGUAUGAAAUAAUCCUCCUUUAUCUGGGCUCUGGAAUGACAGCAACGCUGGAAAAGCUCUAAUCGAAGUUAAACUUCCGUGUAGAUGGUUUUUAUAACCGUUUCACACCUACUGAACCAAACAAUCAGGAACUCCAUAACUCGAUUACUAAGUGGUACUGAUUUUCUUCGACGAUAUGUACAAAAAGUAUAGAUAUAGAACACCUGAAUAGUUCUUAACAGUGUCUAUGAAGUCAGUCAGUUCCCACAGAGUUGGGUAUGUUCACGUUUUCAGUAACAAAAUUUAUUCCUAUCUAGAAAGGAAUUUGUUUUGAUAAUGGGCGAUCAAGCAGGAACAUUAUAAUUAUAUUGGAUUCGAGAAUUGCGCGAUAAAUUAUUUUUCUAUAGCAGUAUACAUUUAAAACAUACAAGGAACGAAGUUUCUAUUUUUUUUGCGUAUUUAUUGAACCAAGCAAAAUCAUCAAAAAUUCGAUCAUUCAACAAAAUAGCUGGUAUAAUAUAGAGUCAGGUAAAUUCGAACUAAGCACAUUCAGCAAAAGACGGAGUAGAAUCAAAUAAAUGAUCAAGGCUCAAAGCUUGGACAAAAUAACAAUCUCUUAAUGAAUCAAGAGUUGAACUCCAUGCACAUUAUUAUGGAGGGUUGGGGAGGAUAAAACGAUAUACUCAUAUGGAAGGAUUAUCUCACACAUGCACGCCUAUCUAUCUACAUGACAUACGAAAAGUAUUUUACCACGGUUCUUUUGAUUUUUCGUUUCACUUGGUGAAAUCUAAACUAUCACAUACUUCUACUUUACUUCAAUGCAUGUGUUCAUCGUGCAUGAUAUAAAGAAUUCUUUAAUUCUUUAAUGAAAUUUAUACCGGUUUUCUUAUGUUGCCAACUUUAGUAGACCACAUAUCUUUAUUGUUACGCGGUUUAGAUUAUUAUGUUACUAGGGUUUCGAAUUAUGAUUUCCAGGUAUUGUACUGGAUUCAGAAUUCCUCCAAAUACUUUCUUGGUAAUUUUAAUUCGUCUAAGCAUGUUCAAAACCAUAAGGUCACAAAAUAAUCGAGAGGUGGCGGGAUUUCAUUCACAGCUUCUGUUGAUAUAUCAUAUACACUGAAGUAAAGAGGUCGGUAUCUGGUUUCAACCGAUCUAUUUAUCGUAGCUGCUUUCUUGACGUGGUGAUCAGGCUUUCAAAUAGUUCUGAUUCGAUUGAACUUUAUUGACUAAAACAGUUAUUUCUGUAGGACCUACCAUGCUAGGCUGAUUGGUUUGAGAACGGUGGAUGGAUUUAUACUGAUAACUUUCAAAAUAAACUCAUCGAUGGGUCCAGAUUGACCACAUUACCAUCAGUCGUCUUCAGAGAAGCCUGAUAUAAGUCUGUCGCCUAUUAUGGAGAACUUUCAGGCUCUUGAUGCUUUAGUAUGAGCGCACGCUUGUCUGCGUUUCAACAAAAGCACCAAAGACACAACGGCAAAACUUCGAAGUCCAUGUUAACGAUAAAAUAAUCAAGAUUAUGUUUUUUUAUGAACGACUAACAUGGCAGUCAAUCAUCAGAGUGAUUUUCAUUUCGGUUUAGUCUGGUUUGAUACUCGAGUGGCUGUGAAAACAGAAUUAAAAUAAAUGUCUAUUGCAUUAGUCUACGCUCAAAAACUGAUCCCACAAGUCUAUUCAUCAAACAUGGACCGUGGUAGCCAGCGAAACGAAAGGAAUUCAGAACUGACGGAAGUAAUAUACAGCAUGAAUCACAAACUAACAAAUGUUCCCCAAUUUCGUACUGUAGAAACAUGAUCAGUCUAGAUGCUUGCCAUUUGGUUUACCUUUUCGCGCACAUGUAGUGUUCUAUGAUCCAUUAAGCGAUCGCUGUUUUGCUCGAGAGUAGUGCAAUUUCGGUCAUAUGUUACUUGAUGUAAAGCUAAUUAUAUGUGUUUAAUAGGAAUUUGGCGUCGUUUUUGUGUUAAUGUUGUUGAUAUACGGUGACAAAUAAUCAGACCAACUUGAAGGACGUCAAUCAACAAGUAAUCCUUCACUCCCACUUGUUUUAUCGCCUUUGGUUAUAUUUGCAUCUGAUUGAUUUUCUUUAUUUGAUUCUUGAUUGUAACUCCGAAAUUUCACUUCUACAAACAAAUUAACUUCAACUUCUAGUUCUUUUUCCAUUAUAUUGUUCUUGGUAUUACCUGUUCAUGUGUAAUUUAAUGAAUAACGUGAAAGUUGAGUUUUUUUGUAUCAAAUAUUUAUUCACGGUCUUAUGCUUAGCAGUUGACUCAUAGUUUUAAUUAAGCCAAUUGGUUUGUUUGAUAAUUUAUUUGUCCUGUUUAAAAUUUUCAUAAUUUUCACAGCAACUCAACUACUAUAUCACCAACGUUACAUGAAGAUGUUCAUAAUUCGGUUUUAUCGAUUAAAGGUAAGCGCCUAUGUGUGACGGAAAAUAUGGAAAAUUGUUCUCGUUUCCGACUUGUUGAAGAAAUUUGAUGCAUGGAACAACAAAUAAUACUGAUGAUCAAAUCAAACAAUAUUUUUGUUGAGAUUUAUUUUUUCCCGAGCAUUUUAUUUUUUCUACAAAAAUGCUUUGAGUAUUCUGUCUUGUAUUUUUUUAAAAAGCUUUUCUGUUUUCUUAUUCACAAUAGUUCUAACUAGAAGUAUGCAUAAUCUUUUUAAAUGACAAAUAAAGCGAAUUAUUCAUAACUGAUAAAAUGACUUCUCAGUUUAAUUCGCUUUUCGCAAAACUAUGCUUCCUCAAAAUGACAUUUUUACUGUUAAGGUUUGUCCACAGAAUAUUUAUUACAAAGAUGUCGUUAGGUAACAUUAAGUUUCACCACUGUGGUAAUGAGUACGCUGUCUAGUUUAUAUACGGUAUGUUGUGGGUUGUUUCAUUAUGGCAGUCCUUAUGCUACGGUGUUCAGAUAACAAGUGCAUUCAUACAACUCAGCAAUGUAGUAAGAAAAUCUCAAUAUACGAACUCUGGAGACGUUUACAAUCUAGGUAGCUUCAUUCAGGUAUUUCCUUAUAGAUGUACAAGUGACUGCAUAUAAGCAGCGUCUCUUUCCACAAUUUAGAGGAUAGUGAGAUUGAGAUAUAUCUAAAUUAAGGUAGGUUGACUGAUGACUCAAGGUACGUUAUUAUAGGAAUCAAUUCCAAAGUUGGACUUGGUGGUUUCAAAUGAAUUGAGCAUUGUGCGGAAGGUUGGUAAAAAUUAUAUUUUCAUUAUAUCCCAAAAGGAAGUUGCAUUCCUCACGUUUCAUGACAUUGUGGGACAAUUCCUCAUAGUCAGUAAGUCGUCAUCGUUGCUCUCUGAAGAGUUCCGGAACAGUUAGUUUACGUUUCACUAAAUUGGGCGAAAUUAGUGAACCAAUAGGCUACCAUCAAGUGACAUGACAUGUGUCAGGCAGAAUAUUUUAUGGUGUGUGACCACAUGAAAAUAGUGUUUAUCGGUAAAUAAAUCCCCAAAAUAAAUAGCUCUGUAAGUUUUCGACAUUGGAUGGUGACCACAUUGGUUUUAUUGGAUCCACUUAGCUGAAGGCGCUCGAUCAUGCAUCCACACCAGAUCACGAGUGGGAACGCCGUGCUCAACAUCCCCUGCAAUCGCUAACCAGAUUAGAUCAGUCGAUCCUCAAUAUAUUGAUAGUCUAUCAAAUAUAUCUUCGAACCUCCUCGCUUCUGUCUUUUCAUCUCACUUGGUUGGUACGAUUCAUAUUAGGUGUUACUGGUUAGAGCGUUGUCAAACUCCAAAUACAUGUGCAUCUUCAUUGGUGAGCCCGACGUGAUCUGGUACACCGAAUUGCAAACUGUGAGUUUGCAUCUGCCGACCGCAUCCCAGAUAUCACCAAAUCUAAUACUGAGGUUUUUCAGUCAAAGAAAAACCUCAAAAAACCCAGAAUGACAUAACCAAAUUAUGUCAUACACUUACACGUUAUCUUAGAUUUCGUAACGACCGUAAACGGUCACACACCCCUCGAAGAAGCACGUCACGUAAGCGAUCUGUCUCUAGACCACGAGAGACGGAUAACCACGACUGGUGCUGGUAUCAUAACCAGUAUAGAAAGUCUUCCAGAAAUUGCAGAAAACCCUUCAAUUUUCCCAACUCAAAACCGACCGACACGAAAAACAACUCGGGAAACUUCCAAGCCGGCACGCGAUCACGGCGACCGUAGCCGGCAAACAUAGCCGUCUUUUAUGAGUCACAGAUGUGAUAAUGAAAGUUCGCUCCCUCGUCGAUACUGGCGCAGAAGUUAGCAUUAUUCCAGGGAAUCCUAACGACCAGCUUCAUGAAUCGGUUUUAAACCUACAGGCAGCAAACGGAAAGCCUAUCGCUACAUAUGGUAAAAGGUACGUUUACCUUAACGUAGGUUUACGCAAAUCCAUUCACUGGAUCUUUGUUGUUGCAGGUGUUUCUAUGCCAAUCAUUGGUAUAGACCUCGUACAACACCACAAUCUAAUCAUCGAUACGCGCAAACGGAGGCUAGUAGACGGAAACACUAAUUUAUCUGUUUGCUUAACCUCUUUUUCUAGUUGCAGAUUAUCUCCCGUCACCAUUAGGCACACGAUAGACCCAUCCUAUAAACCAUUGCUCGAUACGUAUUCUGGGAGAUACCAACCGCAAACAAAAUUUCGUGCGUAACCAGCAAUGUUACGCAUCACAUCACGACUACAGGACCUCCUGUAUUCUCGAAAGCACGCCGACUGGAUCCCGAAAAGCUGAGGUUGGCUUAAAGCGAAUUCGAUCACAUGAUAGAGUUAGGAAUCAUUCAACCGUCAAGCAGCCCAUGGGCAUCUUCAUUGCACAUGGCGAUUGAAUGCGAAAACCACUCUUGAUCGUUACCCGUUGCCUCACAUUCACGAUUUGACAGCUACCUUGAAAGGUACAACUGUCUUUUCGAAAAUCGGCUUGGUUAAAGGGUAUAACCAACUCCCUAUGGCUACUGACAAUAUUCCAAAAACCCGCUAUUAUAACACCCUUCGGACUCUACAAAUUUUUGCGAAUGCCUUUCGGUCUAAGAAAUGCUGCCCAAACUUUCCAAAGAUUCAUAGAUAACGUUUUUCGAGGCCUCAACUUCGUACAUGCGCAUGUUGAUGACUGCUUAAUAGCCAUUCCGGACAGCAAAUCGCGUCUCUAGCAUCUGGAUCUUGUGUUCGAACGACUACAAAAACAUGGCAUCAUGGUAAACAUUCAGAAAUGUAGUGAAAACUGACAUUGGGUACACUGCAGCUCAACUGGUUAAUGGAACGACACUUCGACUUCCAGGAGAAUCCGUGGAUCCUUCGUCUUCUUCAAUGAACAUUGAUCUAACCUCCUACACGAACAGGCUUACAAACGCAGUGCGUUCAGUUAAACCUGUCUCCACUCCACCGCAAUCAACUGAUGUUUUCGUUCAACCUGACUUACGAUAUAG